AUGGCCCAUUGUGAGCCGAAAGCCUCUGCGUCUCAACAGUCGCCACCUAGGCAGCAAGGGAACAGAGCGAUGGAUGUCGCUAAAGACUCUCAAAAGAGUCUAGUCAUUGCCCAGAGGCUUCCUGUAGAGAUUCUGAUUGCAGUCUUCGAAAUGAUCAUUCUUCCACCGCGCUUGACCAGGGUACAUCUAUCACGCCAUCGCAACGCAGACGCGGAAACAUGGAUUUCGUUGCCGUAUAUCUGUUCUCAGUGGUAUCCCAUAGCGCUCAGCGUGCUGUAUGCGUCGAUAGAGAUACGAACGUAUAAGCAGACAUUGUCGCUCCUUCGAGCCCUCCAAACGUACCCUCAUCUUCGGAAACUGAUCAAAGGUCUUCAUCUUCCAAUGCGCGUCGGGGUUCCGUGUCCACUUGAAGUCUACAGACUUUUCUGUCAAAUCAUUCAUUUGGUGGACGACUUGCGAGAGCUUAGCGCUACCGGUGUCUGCGGGCAACCUGUGUUUCAAUAUCCUGGAACGUUUAUCCAGACGGACGACAAAGCCGCCUGGACAAAAUCUAGUCUUUCUUUGCCCAUAGCACCGGACCGGCACCAAGAUCUGGUGUACUUGGAGCUGAGAGGAGAACUUACUACCCUUUCAGUCAGUCUCCCUCCUCAACUAUUCUCCUUUCAGGGUCUCAAGCAGCUUACUCUGGCUAACAUCGCACUCACCGAGCGACUCAAUCCGGGGGUUACCCCGAAGCUACCAUUACUGGAAGCAAUCACCUUUACCAAUCGCAAUCCCAUCCUUCUUCUGGACGACUGGCUCUGCGCUCAUCCAAAGUUACAUACUCUUCGAAUGUACGAAGCGCGGGGACCUACUAUUAUACCAAGGCUAAUCUCUUCCGGCAAAAUCAAACGUAUGGAGAUGAUGCACUGCGUCACUUAUCAAUGGAAUAGAGAAUUGAUUUCAUCCUGGUUCAACGCCUGCACAUCACUGCGCGAACUACGUGUCUCGGAUGACAUAUUUCUACAAAAUUCAGAUCUAGUUCCCAUCAAUCUGGAGGAAUUGCGAGUAGAGAUUGCUCGGCACUGGCUUGAUAUGACUCGCUGGGAAAGAUAUUUUGAAAGGGGUCCAAAUCUCGGUCGCUUCAUUUUAUCUGCGCAUCCAAGGCGCAACUGGUACAAGGAAUUGGGCGAGAGUGUCAUCUCUUAUGCAAAGGAGCACACGCCAGUUGUGGUGUUUGAGCCUCCAAAUUGUAAUUGCAGUGAUAACGUACGAAAGUCGCGGUCUGCUCGGUUCCGGACGAUUCCUGGAAACACGAUUCAGGAUGCCAUUGGGUCAUGGAAUCGUGCUCCAGAGUGUGAGAGUGAAUAA